AUGGCGCCGAAACGCUCCGCGCGGGAAGCCGCUUCUGCGCUCGGUACGGCCGCGGUCAAGCCGACAAAGGCAUCCAGUGGUGGGCCCAAAGGUAGUAAAAUCACUGCGGAGCCAACCACGCUGACGAGCCUCCUUGGAAAGCUCGGGCAAGACUACCAACGCGAUACGCAGCAGCGAAUCAAGCUAAUUGAUUGUUUUCUCACCUUUCUCCUGCUCGUCGGCGCCUUGCAGUUUCUCUACUGCGUCCUGGCCGGUAACUACCCCUUCAAUGCCUUCCUCUCCGGCUUUUCUGCUACAGUCGGUCAGUUUGUAUUGACAGUUAGUUUGCGCAUACAGACCAAUCCAGAAAACAAGGACGAGUUUAAGCGCAUUUCCCCAGAAAGGGCAUUUGCCGACUACGUAUUUGGAAGCUUGAUUUUACAUUUUUUUUGCGUGAACUUUAUCAACUAA